GCUUCUUGGUGUUUUUGUUCUUCUGGGGCCCGUCCCGCUCUUUACACAAUUCAUUUAGAUUCAUUGAGAACUUACGCCAAGGAAGAAAAGUUAAAAACUCGGGCGAAAGAGGUGCGAUGAAGAUCUGAUCGCUGCAAGAUUGAAGCACGAAUUUUAAUUUAGAAUGCCAAGCCAAGAGCGACCACUUCGGUAAAUUCUAGUUGUUGCUUGUCCCUCUCGUUUGUGUAUUUUGGCCAAAAAUCAGGAUUUUAUCAUAGUUAGGUAAGUACCUCAGGUUUUAUUCAGGCUUAGAUUCGACAAAAAUUAUAGAAUAACAUAAGUUAGUAAAAGUAGAGUUUAAAUGUGUUUUGAAAUGCGCUUUUCCUUGAAAGCCGCAUAUAUAACAAGGCGUUAUUUUGUCGGACGAUAGAGUUGGUUUUGACAGGUGAACUUUAUUCAGAUAUUGGCCCCUGUAGAAUUCUUUGAACAGUCUGAGUUGUUUCUGUUAGAUUAACAGCGUCUUUCUGAACGUGAUGAAUGAUCAGAAUUAGAGGUAAAUGUGGGGUAUAGAAGUCAAUUUGGUUAGAUAGAUAAACUUCCGUGAUCUAAGGGUUGAAGUUUUCUAUCUAACACAGCAGGAGAGAGAGGGUUGAAAAAUGUUCUCGCAUUUUUUUUUAUGUAAACGUUAACAAAAGGAUUUUUAUGUCCUUGAUUACAUCGUAAGAUAUUUUUUCUCUAAAGCUGGCUUCAUAAUCGAAUGCUACUUUAUCGAUACAUAUGACAGUAAGAACCGAAAAGAAACUUUAAUAUACGAAAAGCAAGAUGUCUGCCUUUUUGGUAAACUUAUAGAAAAUAUUGUAACAGACCUUGCAACGCUCGAACAGAGAUCUUACAAGACCACAAGUGCCGACGGAGAUUUCUGAAAUAGAUUUCUAAAACUAUGGCGUAUCUUCUCGUAGACUUACAAACGCUAUUUUACUUGAUAACAGAUGACUAGUAACACAAACGAAUCUUUCUCUCAAUCCUUACUAGGACCCAAGCGUGACUCACGCAUAUCUCGAAACCAAAUGAGACUUCAUGCGUUAGGAUUAUUUCUCUUACUGACCUGGGUAGCAAAAUCGUCAGGAAGUAAGUACGAUAUCCAACUUUUCCCCGCUAUAUAAUAGAAAGUUUCAUUUUGUUUACAAAAUUCCAUUGAUGGUUGCAUUUUUAUUGUCUUUCUAACAAAGUUUAUUUGGGUCCAGUGUAAUUUUUAACAGAUAUUUUUAAUCGCUCAGAAUUUCAAAAAGCUUUAUUUGAAAAUUAAAAAAGACGAUCAUUAGAAAGAAAAAAAAGUUUUAGACUAAGCUUGGAAAAACGGCAGAAAUAUGUCUGUAAUGCAUAACUAAUUUACUCUUACUAAUUAAUUUACGAUACCCCUAAAUUUGACCAGUGCGGUCGUUAACAAGUGUGGAAAUUUCAUUGAUCUCUAAAUUAAGUGUAUAUUUUCUUUUAAUCUAAUAACGAGCGAAGAUUUUUUACUUGAACGAUGGUGUGCUUUAAAAACAACCAUGAAAGAUAUUUUAAGAUCAAGUUUCAGAGUUUACGAUUCUUCUGAAAGAUUAGACACACUGUUUUUAGCCCUAGCACUGAUAUACGUGAUACAUUUCUCCAUUCUCGGCACCCAGUGUGGCAUUUUAAAAGGAAAAAUGAAAUAAGUGUAAUUUUCUAUCUCUUGUUUAGAUAAAAGAGCCCAUCAUAGUUCUCAACCUCACUCUCAUGUGCGACGUUCAAUUCAUGAAGACCAUGGUAAAACUAAAGAUUCCUCUAAGCGCCUUUACGAAAUGUUGGUGAGAAGGAAUAUACUAACAAGACGAAGGAGGGAACUCAUGACAGGUCCACGUAAGUGAAACAAUUGAAGCUCAAGUCACGGAACAAUUCCUCCAAACGCCUUCCUUAGUGAAAAGACUCAUCCACGCGUGCACCUUACAAGAACUUUCAAAGCUAUUAAGUUUUUUAAUCCUUUUUUCUUCUUUAUGUUGAAAAGUGACGUUUACAGCGUUUGCAAACUGCAAAAAUGGCAUUUAGGAUUGUGCAAUGAGGAAAAAUCCUUUCUACUGAAAAUAGACGACAAGUUAAUUUACGGCGAAUCUCGUGCUUCCUCAUUCCAAAAAAUGUAUUUCAUGUUAAGGGCUAUGUUAUAAGCGUCAAAAUGGUCCAAAAGAGGAUAUUGUUUAUCUAUCAAUGUUGUGAUCAAAGGUUACCAAAACUAGACAGUUCAAUGCAUCCAUUCUGAAUCAAGUUUGCAGGCUCUCCAUCUUCCCCCUGGUCCCAGCCCACGCGCAGUUUGCAUCUAGUUCCAAAUAUAUAUAAAGAAAAUGUGGAUUUACAAAGAGUCAAUUAUCCUCAAAUGUUAUUUCGCGUUUCCAGCAAGUGCAUUAAAAUUUGCAUUAAGGGUAACAUCAUGACUUCAUUUUCCUCUUUCACUCAAUAUUCUACGUCGAAGUUGAAAUAUAUUUCCAGUAGGAUGUUACCGUAGAAAUGAAAUAGUGUUUUAUCACACAUAUAAAAAUCAAACCAAAUUAUACGCAAUGGAGACUCAAGUCAAGGCACUAACCUUACAAUUUGCUCACUUUAAAAAAUAUAUUGAAUUUUAUUACAGCCACGAAAACUAGGGUGGAAAUAAAAUUCAAAAAGAAAUGGCUUGAGGAAAUGUCCGACAGUCAGAGUUCUCAGUAUAAGCUGCUGGAUGGGAAUAUUGUUGAUGCGGUAAGUACUUCUCCUCUCACAAUCCUUUUAGAUGAAUGUGUUUGGUUGAAAAAUAUUUCUUAAUUUGAUCGUCUGGUUCAAUUUUCAAGGUGAGAGUGGUACUUAAGAAGUUUUUCAGUGAUUAUUGCUAAUUAUCAAACUGCUAUAAUUUGAUUCUUUCCAGAAAUUAAGAUCACCCUCUUUCUCUAAGACGAACCAUUCCUUGUACCUCAAUUAUUUUGACUUCGUUUCUUUCCUUUGUUUUCAUUUACCUCAUUUUAUCGAUUUAUUAUUUUUUCCUUAUGAUUUUUUAAUAAAUUUCUAUAGAUAACAACAGAACUUAUUGGGGACACAAACUACCUCAGUUCGGCAGUGAUGACGUUAAAGUGAGUAAUAUGAACAAUCAUAUUUGAGAAUUAAUUAAUUGCAUGGCCAAAUUUCGCCAUUAUUUUUUGAUAAAAUUUGAUUAUGCCCUCCAAUUCACAUGACGUCAUCACGUUACGUUGGUGUUCAGUUUUCUUCGCUACCCCAACGGAUAGAAAUUCUAUUUAUUCGAGCCAACUUCAUAAAUAUAUAGAAAGUUUUUGAGAUCGGCCUCAAAAUUUUAGGGCGUCUUCGAAAAUCUUCGGGCGUCUUCGGAAACCUUCGAGCGUCUUUGAACUGUCGAGUAUUGGUGUCCCGUUUUCCACACACAAAACAGGGGAAUGGCUUUGCAUAAGAUUCCACAAUAAAGCGUACAAGGAAACUUAAAAUUACCCAUGCUGAGUUAUUUUGGCUUUUUUUUCUUCUUCUGUAGAAGCUCCAAUGAGCCUAAGUCAAACGUUUUAGCAGACAUCGAGCUGCAGUUUGUAUCGGACGAGCUUGAUCCGGUCAAACAUCUCCGUGCUAUUGUGUCAGAUGGACACAUCUCUGGCAUGAUGGUCUACCCAGAUUACUUUGUUGUCCUUGGAGGUAAUGUCUUGUGCGAUACAUACAGGAAUUGUUGGUGUUGCUGUGCUGUCCAAGUAAUACAUAUAUAUAUUGUCGUUAUGGCCGUUGAUGUUGUUUUCCAAUGAGCUGCUCUUAGCCGUUUGAUGUGUGUGGCUAAUAAUGCUGGAAAAUUCUGCAGUAUCUCCAAUAUAAUCCAAAUUUUUAUUCUUCCUUUGUUCAGUUUCCAGCUUCUUAAGACUCCUUGCUUGUUUCAUUUAUGUAUUCUCAAAGACUAAAUAUUAGAAUACUAUGUGUUCUCAGAGUUGCAAAUGAAAUGAAAAGUUACCUUUUCAUAUAAUUAUUAAUCACGAAUAUUUUAGGCGACAACAACCCAAGUGCUGCUGAUCAACAGAACAGCAAUGUAGCACCCACUCUAAGUAAGUACAUAUGGCCGUGAAGUCACGUUGUCAUAUUGGUGAACCAAAUCUAAUUUACCAGAUUUCCCCUCACCCCUUCCCCCUCAUAAAUCUCUGUAGUAUGCUAUUGAUCCUUUCAUAAAUCCUUUAUAGUUCCCCAAUAUAUUCUGUAAGCAACAACUGAUCUCCCGCCUGUUCCCCCUGAAAACCGUGUUAUCAUCUAAAAAUCCUCUACCCCCUUGCCCUUCGACGAUGAAUAAUGAUUCGUGAUUGGUCCCUAACCAAAGGGGAGACUGGGGGGGAGGUUCUGAACACCGCAAUACCACAAAAAAAUUCGGCUAAUACCGCAAUAUCGCAACAGAAAGUCGCCAAAUACCGCAAAACUUCAAUCACGAGUUGAAGCUCGAUGUCAUGCCGAAACCAUUACUCUGUUACGCCUAGAGUAAAUAACAAGGAAAUAACAACUAAGAGUUGCCCAUUUGAACCUGUACCCGAAACAAUUGGAAACUGGAAAAGGCUCUGAAAACGGUGAAGGACUUGGAGAAUACUAGUAAUAACGCCGAAAAUGCUUUAGAAACCGCAUACCGCAGUUCGAGAUAAAAAUUGCCGAAAUACCGAAAGAAAAACAGUCCAGUACUGCAGCACCACACAUACUGAUGUCCACCCCACUCCCCCCGACCAGCCUUUAUCCAGUAACUAUUAUUAAUAUUCAACUGAUAAAUUACUACUUCAUAAGACUGAUUAUUCAUUUCAUCUUUGUCUUCGUUCUAGUUCAAGAUUUCCCUUUCGAUGUGAAAUUGCAGUUAUCUUGGCAUCCCUUCCUUAGCGAUACAAACAAUCCUAAAACGAAAACUUUGAGUUCUUCCAUUGAGAACACUGUAAGUAUAAUUUACUGAUACUACACGAUACACUGCAGGUACUCUAAAGUCAAACCAAUCUUUUAAACUUCUCUCCGAUUUUAGACUAUCAAAAUUCCCAUCUUAACCCUACGUCUUUCGCAACGAAAAUGUGAAAAAUUCUAAUUGAAUGGAAGGCUAAGCGGCUACUGUUUGAGCAGUUGGUAUUCCUGAUUGCACUUGAGUUAUGCUGAACAGUUAGCAGUUCUUGAAGUAUUUUAAAAGAACUGCUCAGUUCCUUUUGGUCUAACGAAUAACAGUCUCACACCCCUCAAAAGGUGUUCUUUAGUUUUAAUUUACAAUGUAAAAGGAAACAAUUUGUUUCGUAAACUUUUGAGACCCUUCAAAAUAAAUUUUUGCAAUUCUUUUUUUAAUCAUCUAUUUGUCUUUUUUUAAGCUCAAAAAGUUAUUCGCAGGUGAUCCAUCGUUCAUUGAUGCUAAAGUAAUCGGAUACAAGUAAGUUCAAUAUAUCUUUCUCUUUGUUUUUGAUCAAAGUUAAAUAGGUUUCGUCUGAUACUAGUAGUCUUUACGGAUUUCUGUUAUUCUCCAAUUUGACCUAGCAUUCCAUUUGUGUGCAAUUCUUCGUUGCAAAGUUGCGACUAAAAAGAAGAUCAUAAAUGCAAGGGGCCUGGCUCGAGGCAGUGAUAAAAGCCGCCUACUGGCAGAACUGACAGUCUGCUAUUCAUUCAAUAUUUAAUCAUCCAAGAUCGCACCAAAUAUCAAUUUAAAGUAUUCCGAAUCACUCAUUUUACAGUGAAGAUCCUGAUGGAAAUCCCCAUGCAAGAAUUGCUCUUCGAUUUAAACCUAAUACAACAGAUCCCGAGGAAAUACUAAAGAAAUUGGUAACAACUGGUCACCUCGGAGAAGUUCCGAUCUUCAAUGACUAUCUGAGUAAGUGCAUCCCACAAGUUUUGAUUGGUUAUCCCACAAUAGCAAUCGGUUGUGAAUCUGUUCUUUUUAAGGAAAAGUAAAACUGAUAAAAGUUAUGCGAUUCGCGCAUGUUGGGUUAGAAAACACUUAACUGAAUUCAAGCUUACACGCUUCUUCACCUGGUUUCAAUCUCAUUUUCGUUGAAUUAUAGUCCAUUAGUUGCAGUCUCGUUUAAAUCACUGAUCCAGACAUUCUUUUUUUCUUUUAUCAGAUGGUCAGAUGAAUCCAACGCAGAACCCUCCCGUCUCGCAACAUAACGCAGUGCCCCAGUUGAACGCUACAUCAACGCCUCAGGCCGCUCCUGCACCAGCUCCUGCCCCCGCUCCGGUACAAGCAGUACCAUCACCAGUGGCUCCUUCCCCAGCAAUCCCAGUCGCGAAUAACACAGUGGCAGUAAAUCCUCCCGCUUCAGUGGUACCCCAGGCCCAACCCACCGCUGCUCCAGCAACUUCAGCUGCUCCCCAACCUACACUACCUCAAGACCAGCCUGUGCCCACCAAUUCACAAAUUCCGUAUGCACAGCCUGGCGAGUGUAAGUAUCAGAGAGAUUUCAUUCUUCCCUUUUUUUUUGCGUUUUCUCAUUUUGUAAAGGACAACCGAAGACUCGAAUGAAAGAUUGGAAAAAUUUUGAUGGCUUUUCAGCCUAAUGCAUGAAUAAUCAGCUUCCAAACUACUUUAGAAUUUAACUAUCGACAUGUACCAUAACCAGCGAUAGACAAUGUUCGGUCUCAAAUCAAUUCAUAAUUUUUUAACACUCCUCUUCGAAAAUUUGAACGACUUUUGAUUGCAAUCAUCAUAGCGGUGGAGUGUAUGUUGCAGUCUACAGCGUAUUUAUUGAUCCGUAAACAUCAACGUUUAACCCUUGAAAUCCCAGUAAUGAUUAACACGUAACUUCUCCCUAUAAUGUCCAUACAGCUAGAGGGGAGAACUAGCAAUCAUAUAUAGAGUGUUAGAUGGUUUGUCGAACCAAAUAUUACAGUUCAACGGAGAAAAGAUUUGGCUAAAAAAAUUAUUAUUCUUAUUGCAUUUUGAUUCCAGCUUUGAAUGGAACAAUAAAGUUAAACGAGUCGUGGUACGAUUACAUGGGAAAUACGCAGAGUUCAACUUUCAAGAUAUUAGCAGAAGAUAUUGAGCAAGCGGUAAGCAUAUUCCUCAAUUUUUAAAGUUAUUUUGGAAAAUGUCUAUCUAUCGUCAAAUGCAGGAUCGAUUGUGUGAUCGGCUGAAGGACUGUGGUGCUUUUUAAAUUGUUCAACUGAAACUCACUCACUGACUUACAGACUCAUGCAACGAAAAAGGGGGGGGGUACGUUUUUAAAGAAGCUGUGAUGCUGGAAACGGCUCACGCUCGAUCUGACGAAGGGCUAACGCUCGAAAUGUCGACUUUAGAAGCUCUUUACGGUGGCCUACUUGUGGCCUACUUGCAUUAUUAACUCAACUGAUAGAGCCAAAUUAUCUUCUGAUUCAAUGACUGACUCACUGACUGAGUGACUGGGUGGCAUUGUAAAUGACUGAUUGAGCAUCUCCGUGACUGGAUAGCUGGUUGAAUAUUUGACUGACUGACAGAUUAACUGACUCACUCACUCGCUCACAUAAUUGCACUGUACGUAGUAGUUCUAAAAAUAAGGAAACAGCACCUAGUAAUCGUUUUAUUUAACCUUUACACAUUACACAGAUAAGAAACGCGUACGAACCGUACAGGUAUACAGUAACAUCCAAAGUUACAGGACUAAGGUAAGCAUUCCAUGUACAUUUUUAAAUUUUAUUUUAUGAAACUCUUAAAGCUGUUAAGUUAUUUUCACGCAUUCAACAGGACCAGGUAAACUUCUCGUAGGGAAAAUGAUUAAAUCAUCUGAUUAUUUCUGCUCAAGAUAUACGUGUUCUUAAUAGGUAAAGGACUAAAGAAACUUGAAAGAAUUUCAUUCCCUCCCUUCCUUCUACAAUCAUUUAUUCAUUCAUUUAUUUAUUAACUCAAUUUGUUCACUUGCAGCAAGACAAAUGAUGACGAAGUACUAGCUUCAUUUACCAUUACCUUCCCCCCCGGAGAGACCCCGACUCUGAUACCUUUACAGCAGAUCGUGCAGGGGGGUCUUCUUGGCGGUAUCCCCGUGUUUCGUGAUUCUGUCCUGGAAGCAGGUUUGUAGUUUUUUUUAAAAAUUCGCGGGGGUUGUAUUUUAAAUCUUUCAGUAAGCUCUUGAAAGAAUAAAGAAAACAAAAAUGCAGUGAUAACAAAUAACUAUCAAAAGGGAAAUAUAUUUACCGAUUAAGUUAUGUAAAACAGUCCUGAGUGAACAUUAAACGGUAAUAAUCUCGGAUUCAAUUUUUUUCAGCCAUGUCAGUUAGUCGUUUGAACGCUGAGUUAAAGUCAAACGGCACUUAAAACUGCGAGCAUUGCCCUUUUAUCAAGGAGGUCUGUUGUGCAUGGGAACAAAAAAGUUAAAUAAUCAUACACCGACAAUUAAAACAAAUCAAGACGGUUUUGACCCUUCAACUCCCAUGAGUGGCCAAGAUUAUUAUUUGAUCCAAUAACAAAUUCUCCAAACUAGCAUAGUAAGGCUUGUAUCGCAGACAGUAAGGAAAAUGAUUAAUGAGAUCUUGGGAGUGAAAUGGUUAGUCCUGUUUUGUUCCAGUUGGAUUGAUUUCUGGUUACCAACCUGAGUCGCCAAACAAGCCUGCUUUUUUUUUUAAAAAAAGAUUUCUCUUUCAUCUUGAAAGUUACUGAUGCAAUACUUGUGUGCAUGAUUAACGAUUGGUCUAUCAAUUCCAGGCAUGGGCACAACACCUUCUCCAAUUGCAUACGCUCCAACAAGUCCUUCAUCAGGUAUGUGUUUUCAAAAUUUGAGAUACGUACACGACACUCUUGGCAUAAAGAUCGCUGUAUCUUUUUUUAAUCCCUCGUUAACCAGAUGGUUGAAGUCUAAGAUCGUGACUCCACGAACGAACCUUUAUCAAUGAACAGAACUUCUUUUAGAGCUUGUAUUUUCGUGAUAUCAAUGGGAAAUUUCCGACAGAGAUCAAAGUAGUCGCAAACAGAAAAACUCAAACUUUCCCUGGUAAGAUCUCUCCCAUCCUUUCCAUUGUCAUCGAUUCCUAAUAGUUCCGCCAAAUAUACGUUACUUUUCCGUCGGGGUCCUACAAGAGCAGAUUUUGAAAACCAAUUACUAUACGUGCACUAUAACUUGACACUUUUUCUCUUUAAACUUGAUAUUCUCCAGCCUGGUCGAACAACUCCUUGUCACAAAACUAUGCCGUUCCAGCUAAUAAUAUGACGUCGGCUCCUGCAGCUUAUCCCAAUGCCUCUCAAACAUUCAAUGCCACAGCAGUAGCACCAGCUAUUGAACCUGCCGCAGUUCCUACUGCAGCUGUGUAUGCUCCGACACAGUCGGUGUACAAUGCCACGGCAGCCCCUGUCCAAGUGCCGACUGGUUCCGGUAGGGGUUUUUUCCCUUCUUGUGAUGAUGUCUUUCCAUCUUUUUCGCUUUUUUUCCAGUUUCGUUUUAUUACUUUGUUGAGUUAUUUGUGUUUUUGUUGUUUGUUUUGCCUCGGUUGUUUGUUUGCUUUGUGUGGUUAAUUUUUCAAUGAGUAAAUCGAGCAUGUCAGGAUGUCAUUAUUUUUUCUGGAAUUUCCUUGUUGUACGAAUAGCUUGGUUGCUAAUCGUCCUCGGAAACCAGGAGAAAAAAAAUUACUUCUACCUGAUAACAAAAGUAAGAAGUUUGCACGAGAUGAGAACCAAGAGACUCCAUGAGAAAUAUACCUCUAGGUGCUAUUAUUAGGGAAUCUCAUUAAAUUAUCAGCACGUAAUCAUGCUCAAGCGAUUUUGGAGUGAACGCAGUCUCGACGUACAAUCAGGGACAAUGAUGAAAAGAAAAGCUUAACCCAGAACCCACCCUAACCCCCAUGGCAGUGAUCAAGGUCUACCCUUGUUUUCACAAUCCCUUUCGAAAGUUUUACGAGCGAAUGAUGAAGUAUAUCAUUCGUAAAACCAAACACGAUUGGAGUAAAAAAGUCAAUAUGUUCCCGCAAAAUCAUCAAAUGGGAAUGAGAGAUCGUGUUGUGAUGUAUCAGCUUAAUAAGAAGAAGGUGUUUUGUUGUUUGUUUCCUUUUUAUUCAGUCACCUACGAGCAGAACACUUCGGUGUCUAACGCUUCCAAUGUGGCAUCUGAUCAGUAUGGUAAGCUCUUUGAUAUCCAAUUAUUAACCCUGGUUUACCCUCUCUUUAGAGGGACGACAAAUAGUAUGAAGCAGAGGGGUAUUUGCAAAUUUUUCUCCAUCUAAUAAUUUUAGAUCAAAUUAUGAACAAUAAAUGAAAUGUCAAAUCCGAUUUUUGGAGAACAUAACGUAUGUAUACCCUCGGAGCAUGUGUAUUAAAAAGUUACGCUUUUGUCGAUCAUGUGGUUUUCCUACGCGCCUUUGCAAUAUCACUUCUCUUGAAUGUCGCAUACCACCUGCAGAACCUGCUGAAAUCAAAAAGGCUUUAUGCCAACUAAACUGCAGGAAGAGAGGAUAGUUUAAGGACAGCCCAUCUCAGUCCCUUGAACCACGAGUGGUGGAUUAAAUUUUCCAGUUUGAUCCGAGGGUUGAAGGAAGCUUCGUUAAUCUUUUACCACCUCUUUCUAAUUUAGGGCAAACAUCCAACGUUCAAACACAGACUUCAGGCUUGGGUAAACUUUCCACGCCACCUGGUUAUACUGGAGGUCUUAUACCACUACCGGCAGGUAAAAUGUUGAAAGGCUAUAACAUCUAUUUUUUCAAUGUAGGCUCGAAAGCGAACAACGGGUAGCUUCUUCAUCUGUGUGUAUAUCUCAGAAUGUGUUUUAUUUCAAACUUUAGUCAAAUUCUAAGCUCGAUUACGUCCCGUUUAAUUGAAGAUAAAGUUGUAAAAGUAUUGUAAAUUUUCCAUUAAAUUGCUCUUUAUUCGUUCUAGAUUUGAAGAUACUCAGCUAUCACUUCUACUCCUGAUACGCUUGUUGUCACUUAAACCAAAAUCACGAUCAAUUUUACUUUCUCUGUCCUUUGGAACUUCUGUUAACUACCCAUAAUUUGUUAAUAAAGUAACAAAGGUGGUCUUCUCGCCACGAAUACAAACUCUUGACUCUACAUGUGUCUCUCUACCCCUCCCCUUCUAAGUAACACAAACCCUUGACGUUACAUGUUUCUCUCCACCCUUCCCCCUCUAAGUAAUGGUCCAUAAUGUACUAUAUAUAAACACUUAGUUAAAUCUAUAAUUAUAUUUCAAGCAGUAGGCCUUCUUAUGUGAAAUUAUUUUUCAUUGCCAAUUUUUUUCUUUUGACAAUCCACAUCUCAGGAAUUCCCAAGUCAUGCGCAGAAAUCCGCGCAUCUGGAAUCGGGUCACAGGACGGGGAGUAUGUUAUUCAAGCACGGCCAGACUGUCACUUGAACAUUAUUUGUCAGAACAUGGACGAACCAAACCCUAUAGAGUUCCUAGGUGGUCCGGAACAAAGAUACUGGCUUUAUUGGCAUUAUGCAAUCCUUAUUAGGUUGUCAGCUUAUGACAAAGAACACGUGGACAAGAGAGCUUGCCUUGAAAACACCGGUACGUUCAAAGGGAGAAAAGACAGGAAAUCUAAAUUUCACUUUUACUAAAAAUUUUGAUCCGGGAAAGAAUUAAUUAUUGUUAACAUUCUUUUCUUGCGGCUGUUUCUCAGGCCCGUUUAUAAAACUUCUCCUUGGAAUGCGCUGUAGUUUUUGUUCAUAAGGUUGUUGCUGUUAUCAUUGUUGUUGCCGUGGGUGACUUUUUCACCACUGUAAUGGCUGUUGUUGUAAUAGAUUCAGUUAUGCCCAGCUUCUACGUUUCAUUUGGUGUUCAUUAUGAUACAAAUGCUGAUAAAGGUGUGGCAGAUAUUUCUGUUUUUUUGGUUCGCUAGUAUUUUUGGUUACCUAGUAACUACACCUUUUAAAAUUUACCAGUAGCGAGUCCAAAUACUAAAGGAUGCAAUAAUUUAUUUUUUCUAUUAGCGGAUGGCCGCACAUUUAUUCACAAGGUGAUGGACGCUGGUGCAAGACAAGGAAACCCCCUUGUUCACUGGAAAACCAACAUCAAGCACAUGAUAAAUAACUUCAUCGGAAAAAUGAAGAAAAAGAGAGAACUGAGAGAAGAUAUCACUCUGAGCACAAAAGCUAUGAAGAUUUAUAAAAGGUCAGGAAUAUAAAUUAGAGUUGUUAAUAAACUAAAGAAUGGCUAAAAAUUUCUUUCAACAACAUGACUCAAUGUUCAACUCAGAAAAAAAGAUUCAUCUUUAAAUUUAAGGUAAAGGUAAAAGGGUUGUAUGGCUACACUUGACAAUUAUCGUUCCCUGAUACAAAAAGCAAGGCACCAUAAGCUCAACCUACUAUAUUAGAAAAUGACCAUUAUGACACCUUAUUCUGCGGUGGUUUGUUCAUUCACGAGGAUAAAAUAAUGAUCUUCCCUUUUUAUUUUUAGAUUUGCAUCGCAAAUGGAAAAAAUGGAAAGAGGAAGGAAUAUAGAUAUGUAGAUUUUAUUUUAAAAAAAAUGUUAAUUUUCGCUCAGCCUUCCCGCAGUCCGUCUAAGAGUAAAUCAGACUUGAAUUUGCUUUAACCUCAUAUGUUUCUUUAAACAUACCUCAUCAAUCUUGUACACUUUGCACUUAGAAGUCAAUUUGUAGAACUUUUUAUUACGUUUUGCAGACUUUCUUCGAAACUUGAGUAAAUGAAUUUGUGCACAUUACAUAGAAGCUACGGCCGAGGUUCACCUCGCGAAAUUGAAUUUGGAUUUGCUGUUUACAACGUAUCUGCUGUUGGAAUGUUUUUACGGCAAUGAUUAAGUUCCAAUCAAAUUUAUUUAAUAACAAAAUUUUGAAUGAAUUUUACCCCUUCUUAAAAUCUAAUUCCAGCUUUAAAAUAGUCCGAGGAAUGGCCUUUGCCACUCUGAGGAAACUUAGUGGAGUUAUAUCUACAAAAUCUCACCUGUUCCGAAAAUACAAGAACGUCGAUCAAUUCUAGAUGAAAAAUAUCAAAACAAUUAACUCACCAAGUUUCUUUUAAUUGCCUACUUAAUUGAAAUCUACUUAGUUGAUUGUUCCUAAUGACUUCUUCAAAAAAAAAUUAAAGUAGA